AUGGGACAAGGGGAGAGUGCUGAAAACGAGGAGGUGAGCCUCGCGCUCAUUCAGGAGUUGUGCACGACGUUCAUGAGGGAAUGCCCAAGUGGAGCGUUAUACUUGCACGAGUUCAAGCGGAUAUUUGGAGUACAGAGCACAUCUGAAGAGGAGAGUAUCUACAUAGAGACGAUAUUCCAUUCUUUCGACACAAACAGGGACAACAAACUAGAUUUCAUGGAAUAUGUGUCAGCUUUGCACCUUGUACUUCGAGGGAAACUGGAAGACAGACUCAAGUGGUCAUUUAAAAUGUACGACACGGAUGGAAAUGGCCGGCUUGACCGUCGAGAAGUCAGGCGCCUUCUUAGGCUAAUUUACAAAAUGAAGACCAAAGGCACAGAUAUGGAGAUGACUCCCGCUGAAAUGUGUGACCGAAUAUUUGAACUCGCUGACCAAAAUCAUGAUGAUCAAUUAACACUGCAAGAGUUCAUGGACGGAGCACAGAAGGAUCCAUGGCUGAUGGAUAUGCUUAAACUGGACUUCAAUGCAGUUGGAUGGGUCAAUCAGAACUGGGUCACCAAAUCUCCAUCAUAGGACAAUAUUCCAAGAUUUGGGAGCUUGAAAGCCUUCCAACGACAGGAAUUUCAUCCAUCAGGAGG